AUGGCUUGGUGGCUAAGUGCACUUGGUGUUCUUGCAGAAGACUGUUUUGAGCACCCACAUGAGUCUCAACCACCUCUAAAUGCAGUUCCAGAGGAGCCAGCACCAGCACCUGGCCCCCUUGGGCACUGGGAGAUAGCUAGCAACGUUAUCAACAAGACAGAUCCUCGAUCCACAAAUUCCCGUGUAUUCAUUGGGAAUCUCAAUACUCUUGUGGUCAAGAAGUCUGAUGUGGAGGCAAUCUUUUCAAAGUAUGGCAAAAUUGUGGGUCGCUCUGUGCAUAACGGCUUUGCCUUUGUCCAAUAUGCCAAUGAAAGAAAUGCCCGGGCAGCUGUAGCUGGAGAGGAUGGCAGAAUGAUUGCUGGCCAGGUUUUAGAUAUUAAUCUGGCUGCAGAGCCAAAAGUGAACCGAGGGAAGGCAGGUGUGAAACCAUCUGCAGUGGAGAUGUACGGUUCCUCAUUUGAUUUGGACUAUGACUUUCAACGGGAUUACUAUGACAGGAUGUACAGUUACCCAGCUCGUGUUCCUCCUCCUCCUCCUCCUCGCCCUCCUCCUCCUCGUCCUCGUCCUCCUCCUCCUCGUCCUCCUCCUCCUCUUGCUCGAGCGGUGGUGCCUUUUAAAUGCCAACGUGUUUCUGGAAACACCUCUCAGAGGGGCAAAAGUGGAUUCAAUUCGAAGAGUGGACAACGGGGCUCUUCUUCCAAACCCGGAAAAUUGAAAGGUGAUGACCUUCAGGCCAUUAAAAAGGAGAUGACUCAGAUAAAACAAAAAGUGGAUUCUCUGCUGGAAAGCCUGGAAAAAACUGAAAAAGAACAAAGCAAGCAAGCCGACUUGUCCUUCUCCUCCCCAGCAGAGAUGAAGAAUGAGAAGUCGGAGGAGGAGCAGAGCAGCGCCUCUGUGAAGAAAGACGAGACGAACGUCAAGAUGGAGUCUGAGGCGUGUGCUGACGACUCUGCCGAGGAGGGCGACCUGCUGGAUGGCGACGACAAUGAGGAUCUAGGGGAUGACCAGCUGGAGCUGAUCAAGGACGAUGAAAAAGAAGCUGAGGAAGGAGAGGAUGACAGAGACAGCGUCAAUGGGGAGGAUGACUCCUAA